AAACCCUACUUCCAGCUAGCUUGUCGGAACUACUAUUUGGAAAAUGCCUUUGAUGCCUUACACAUACGAAGUAUAAAUAAGCUUAUCCUCUUCUCUGAUUUGGUGGUUAAUCUCACUCGUUUGAAGUGUUAUCUGGAAUGGUUUCUCGAUGGAGUUUAUUUCGAGGACAGGUCUAUCAGACCCAGUUCUGAAUUGGCUUCAAUAAAAUAAGGGAGUUCAGAUGCAAACCAGAAGCAAGUUUCACUUCAAAGGACACUUAAUAAUUUUGAACUCAAUCUAUUUGGAUCCAAAGUGAAGUUUCGGAUUCAAGAACGUAAUAUAAAAGACAUCAGUCAGGAAUUCCAGCGUAUAACAUAUCGGCCAUGGCAGUGUGCAGCAUUAGAAACCAGAAUGUAGUUGAAUUUCUUAAAGAAAAGGGAUUGGACGAUACAUCAAUAUCCAAAAUGAUAACAAAGUGUAGAAGGCUUGAAGUUGCCAAUGUGGAGGAAAGGGCAAAACCCAACUGGAAUUAUCUACAAGAGAUUGGUAUACCAUCCAGGAAACUCCCUUCAAUUGUAUGUAAGUGUCCUAAGCUCUUGAUUUUAGGUCUUUAUGAGAAGGUCCAACCCAUGGUUCAAUGCCUUGCAACCUUGGGGACUAAACCCAAUGAUAUUGCAUUGACUAUAAUGAGAUUCCCACUUAUACUUUCUCACAGUGUCGAAGAGAAACUCUGUCCGUUAAUUGCAUUUUUCCAGACUGUGGGGGUGAGAGAGAAGCAGAUGGGCAGGUUAAUUUUGGUUAAUCCCAGGUUAAUGAGCUACAGCAUUGAGAAGAAGCUUCAACCUGUCGUAGAGUUCUUUCUCAGCUUAGGAUUGAGUAAGGAUGGCGGUGACCUUGGUAAGGUCCUGGUUAGGAGCCCCCAUAUUAUGGGGUACAGUGUGGAAGGAAGGCUGAAACCCACAGUGGAGUUCUUGAGAAAAUUGGGUCUCAACAAGGAAGAGUUGAGGGGAAUUGCAGUUCAUUUUCCUGAGAUGUUGUGUAGGGAUGUGGAGAAAGCUUUGAAGCCUAACGUGGAGUUUCUGAGGAGGUCAGGCUUCGGUGACGGGCAGAUAUGUAGGAUUAUAUCUGGCUUUCCUCCUGUUUUGACUAAAAGCGUUAAGACUUCGCUGCAGCCCAAGGUCAGCUUUUUGGUGGAUAUUAUGAGGAGAAGUAUUGACGAAGUGGUAGAGUACCCUGAUUUUUUUCGCCAUGGUUUGAAGAAAAGAAUAGAAUAUCGGUACAAGCAACUGAAACAGAAGAACGUUCAAUGUAGUUUGGUGGACAUGUUAUCUUGUAGCCAUAAGAAAUUUUUCAUCAAGUUCGGAAUACAGGAAAGGAAUAAAUUCUGAAUUCGUUAUUAAACAGGCAAGGUUGUUGAAUUGAACUUUUGUUUAUUGCAAGUUUGCUUGUUUUGCACGAUCUAACCAAAUAUUUCUAUGCGGUUUCUUGCACUGUUUAUAUAAAAAAUGAGCCUUCUGAGUUUUCAA